AAACAGUUAAAAAAGCGACGCAAAGCAGAGGUUUUGUACUACUGCGCUCCCCUCCCCCUUCCCCUGCGCCAUUGCCAGUUGCCAUUUGCCACCCUCGCUCGAUUAAAUCUCCCCCCACGCUCUUCCCAUUGCCACCGCCGCUCCGCUCCAAGAAGCGCAGUUCACUGCCCUGCCUCACUCGCUUCCCCCAAAGUCAGACAACUGAGCCGCCGCACGCAAAGAAAGAGAGGCUGCCGGAGUGGAGAGGUGCGUGGCCCCAAUGAAGGCCAUGGCGCCGCCCCUUGUCGCCGGCGUCCUCCUGCUGCUCACCGCCAUCGUGGCAUUCUCCCUCGCGGCCUCCUCGGUCAAUGCCGCCGUCUCCUACGACCACCGCUCCCUCGUCAUCAACGGCCGGCGCCGCAUCCUCAUCUCCGGCUCCAUCCACUACCCGAGAAGCACACCAGAGAUGUGGCCGGGGCUCAUCCAGAAGGCCAAGGACGGCGGCCUCGACGUCAUCCAGACCUACGUCUUCUGGAACGGCCACGAGCCGGUGAAGGGCCAGUACUACUUCAGCGACCGAUACGACCUGGUCCGGUUCGUGAAGCUGGCGAAGCAGGCCGGCCUCUACGUCCACCUUCGCAUCGGCCCCUACGUCUGCGCCGAGUGGAACUUUGGUGGCUUUCCUGUUUGGCUCAAGUAUGUGCCCGGCAUCAGCUUCAGGACAGACAAUGGCCCGUUCAAGGCCGAGAUGCAGAGGUUCGUUGAGAAGAUUGUGUCCAUGAUGAAAUCUGAGAGGCUGUUCGAAUGGCAAGGUGGUCCGAUCAUCAUGUCUCAGGUGGAGAACGAGUUUGGGCCGAUGGAGUCCGUCGGGGGCAGCGGCGCCAAGCCGUAUGCGAACUGGGCCGCCAAGAUGGCCGUCGCGACCAACACCGGCGUGCCGUGGGUGAUGUGCAAGCAAGAAGACGCCCCAGACCCCGUGAUUAACACUUGCAAUGGCUUUUAUUGUGAUUACUUCACCCCAAACAAGAAGAACAAGCCGGCCAUGUGGACCGAGGCCUGGACCGGGUGGUUUACGUCGUUCGGAGGGGCGGUCCCUCACCGGCCGGUGGAGGACAUGGCCUUUGCGGUGGCCAGGUUCAUACAGAAGGGUGGCUCCUUCGUCAACUACUACAUGUACCACGGAGGAACCAACUUUGGACGUACCGCCGGCGGUCCCUUCAUCGCAACCAGCUACGAUUACGACGCCCCGAUCGACGAAUUUGGUUUGCUUAGGCAACCGAAAUGGGGUCACUUGAGGGACCUGCACAAGGCCAUCAAGCAGGCUGAGCCUAUACUGGUUUCUGGUGAUCCGACUAUCCAGUCGCUAGGGAACUACGAGAAGGCAUACGUCUUCAAGUCGAAGAAUGGAGCUUGCGCCGCCGCGUUCCUGUCAAACUACCACAUGAAUGCUGCAGUGAAAGUCAGGUUCAAUGGGAGGCACUACGACCUCCCUGCUUGGUCCAUCAGCAUUCUGCCGGACUGCAAAACGGCGGUUUUCAACACCGCGACGGUAAAGGAGCCAACACUACUGCCAAAAAUGCAUCCGGUGGUGCGGUUUGCUUGGCAGUCUUAUAGCGAGGACACAAACUCACUCGACGGCAACGCCUUCACUAAGAAUGGCCUGGUUGAGCAGCUGAGCAUGACAUGGGACAAGUCAGACUACCUGUGGUACACCACAUAUGUCAGCAUUGGUGCCAACGAGCUCUCGAAGAAUGGCCAGUGGCCUCAGCUCACCAUCUACUCCGCUGGGCACUCGAUGCAGGUCUUCGUCAAUGGAAAAUCAUAUGGUUCUGUUUACGGCGGUUACAACAACCCCAAGCUGACGUAUGAUGGGCAUGUGAAGAUGUGGCAAGGGAGCAACAAGAUCUCCAUCCUGAGUUCAGCAGUUGGCCUUCCUAAUGACGGGAACCAUUUCGAGAGGUGGAACGUCGGCGUCCUUGGACCGGUGACCGUCUCCGGGCUAAGUUCGGGGAAGAGAGACCUGAGCCAUCAGAAAUGGACAUAUCAGGUGGGCCUGAAAGGCGAGUCGUUGGGGCUCCACACCGUCACCGGAAGCUCCUCCGUGGAGUGGGGCGGUCCUGGUAACAAGCAGCCACUGACCUGGCACAAGGCCUUGUUCACCGUGCCGGCGGGGAGCGACCCGGUGGCGCUGGACAUGGGGAGCAUGGGGAAGGGGCAGAUGUGGGUGAACGGCCACCACGUCGGGCGGUACUGGUCGUACAAGGCCCCCGCCGGCGGCUGCGGCCGGUGCAGCUACGCCGGGACGUACCGCCAGGACAAGUGCCGCUCCAACUGCGGCGAGCUCUCCCAGAGAUGGUACCACGUGCCGCGGUCGUGGCUGAAGCCGGGCGGCAACCUGCUGGUGGUGCUGGAGGAGUACGCCGGCGACCUCGCCGGCGUCGCCAUGGCCACGAGAACGACGACAUGAGCUCAGAAAGAUACUAGUGCUACCACCCUGCUGAUUGGUUCGUUUCAUUUCUUGAUGAUACUACAUACGUAACGUAGUCACGAGGGACGUGUCACGUGCGGAUAACAUAUUGUUCACGAGGGAAACAAAUAGUGCCAAGCUAGAGAUUUUAGUAGAGGGCCCAGGCCAAGGAGACGGAUGGUAUUGACUGCGCAGAGUGGAGGAGGUGGUGGUUGGCUGGCUGGCUGGCUGGUUUCGUCUCAGCCAUCAGUGCGGCUGCAGCUGCAGCUGCAUCGGCCCGCACAUGUGCGGUGCGCUUGCAAUCAAUCAGCCAGCUCGAAGUUUUCUUCUUCACGUGACUCAGGGAUACCCUGUAGUACGUAGAGUAUAGUGCAUGAGGUAUUCAAUUGUUUGUCACCGCUCGUGACAACCUUUUUGUACUACACAACUUGUGCAUUUGCAACAUAUGAGCUGCAGGUGUGGCCAACAUUUGUGGAUGGCCGUGCGUGUAGCUUGGUUUCCCCAAGGAUAAUAAUAAGUAAACAACCCAACAUUUGUCCAUGUCCAUUUUGGAGUAAUUUAAGUUUCAGCUCAGCCUA